AUGAAUCUCGAACCUCGUCAGUACUAUGGUUACUACAAUCGCUGUUACGGCAACAACUGCAACAGCACCUGGAACCGCUGGGGUCGCUGGGUGCUUCUCGCAUGCAUCAUCGGCGUCUUCUUCGUCUUGUUCUUCCUCUUCUCAUGUCUGUCUGCCAGAAGACGCCGCAAGAACGGUUACAAUCCUUACUACGGCACUGGUUGGACUGUCCGCCAUGGUACUCCUACCUACAACCAGAACGUCCAACCUCAGUAUGAGACAAGCUCGACUCCCUACUACAACAACUCGAACAACCCUCCUCCAGCCUACACCGCUCCCAACACGACCAACUACGGCAACAACAUUGAGCUGCAACAACCCCAAGCGGCUUACAACGGUGCCUACGCUCCUCCCAAAGACCCUCCCCCGGGCAGAUACUAG